UCCCGCGCCGAAAAAGUGAAGUUUCCUCUUUCCGGCUUACGCCAUUGUCAAACACAGACGUGUAGAAUAUAAAUAACACCAUGUCUGAGAUCGAAGCAUUCGAUAAUUUUGAGGCCGAAGAACAGCCGCAGGUGUUCGAACAGGCCCCGGCUGUGCAGCCAGCUGAACUCCCGGACAUCAAGCUGUUCGGUCGCUGGAGCAGCGAUGACAUCCACAUUUCGGACAUCUCCGUGUCGGAUUACAUCGCCGUCAAGGAGAAGCAUGCCAAAUAUCUACCCCAUUCGGCUGGCCGGUAUGCCGCCAAGCGUUUCCGCAAGGCCCAGUGCCCGAUUGUGGAGCGUUUGACCAACUCGCUGAUGAUGAAGGGCCGCAACAACGGCAAGAAGCUGAAGGCCGUCCGCAUCGUGCGCCACGCCUUCGAGAUCAUGCAUCUGCUGACCGGUGAGAACCCGCUGCAGAUCGUCGUCCAGGCCAUCAUCAACUCGGGUCCACGUGAAGAUUCGACCCGUAUCGGUCGUGCCGGUACCGUCCGUCGUCAGGCCGUCGACGUGUCGCCCCUGCGUCGUGUCAACCAGGCUAUCUGGCUGCUGUGUACUGGUGCCCGUGAAGCUGCAUUCCGUAACAUUAAGACCAUCGCCGAAUGUUUGGCUGAUGAGCUGAUCAACGCUGCUAAGGGUUCCUCCAACUCGUACGCCAUCAAGAAGAAGGACGAACUGGAACGUGUCGCCAAGUCCAACCGAUAAGCCAGACGGGGAAUGCGUGCGUGCGCGUGUGGUGCGGUGGUGCGGCUGGUACCGACCGUUCGGCCGGUAUUCUGCCCAGCCACCGUCGCUGUUAAUUUAAUGGAAACAACCAACAGCUACUCUCUUCUCUCUGAAUUGUCGAAUCGCCAUCACCAUCCUGGCUGGUUCCUUCCGUUGUGUUUGCGCUAUAUUACCAUCUGAAAACAAUAUGUUAUUGAAAACUUCUGCUGAUGUCCAUUCUUUGAAAUAGGCACUCAGUUGCGCACCGUUGAACGUGAAUAAAAAAGCUAAAAAAGUGAAGAUAAAAAUUGAA